AUGGCGACUCCCAACACAGACAAGAAGCGGCAUCCUCGCCCCAAUUACAACAAACUGCAUGCUCACCCACUCCCUCUCACCACCCAUCCCCUUCCCGCAUUCCUCCCGCACAAUCCCCUCUCCCUCCUCCGCAUCGCCUACGCCCUCCUCUCCGAGCUCUUCACCCAGCCCUCUUCCCAUGCCGGAGCCCUUUAUACAGGCCACUUCUCGCCCGAGACGCGCUCAGUCCACAUCACCGAUCCCAAGACCAUUCGCGCGUUAUGGGAGCAAGGCUUCUUCGGCAAGGGGACCCUGAGUCGCAGCGAGCCCGCAUGGCUUGAGCGAGAGAAGCGUCGCAGAGGUCUGACGGCGGCGUUGACGAGCGAGGAGUAUACGCAGCAGCGGAGAGAGGAGAGGCUGAAGUUUAAGCAAGAGAGGGCGCGUUUGCAGCGGGAGGCGUUGGAGGACCAGUUAAGGAAGGAGGAGGGUACGCCAGGACCUACAAGUGGAGCUCCAGAGGCCGGACCUGAAGAAGUUGAGCAGCUUGUUGAGCAGGCUAGCAGCGAAAUAGCGGUCCCAGUUGCCGAUGACCAGGACGCCACCAAAGCAGCUCCGCCCAAAGUCUCUCAAGACAUGGUUAUCCAAGACGAAGAGCACCUCCAACUAACCCUCGAAGAAGCCUUCUUCCUCUCCUACGGCCUCGGUGCCCUCCAAAUCCUCCACAACGACCUUCCCCUCUCCAACACUUCCCUCCUCACCCUUUGCCGCCAGCACUCCCACUUCCCUCCCCUCCCCCCCUCCUGCCUCCGCCCCGACGACCCCUUCCUCCUCUCCUACGCCACCUACCACCACUUCCGCUCCCUCGGCUGGGUCGUGCGCCCCGCGCUUAAAUUCGCAGGCGACUUCAUGCUGUACGCCCGCGGCCCCGUCUUCGCGCACGCGGAGUUUGUGGUCGUGGUCCUGCCGUCCUACUCUCAUGAGUACUGGAAGACGGAGGAGAGGAGGAGGGAGUGUAAGAGGAAGGAGGAGCGGAGCUGGUGGUGGCUGCAUUGUGUGAAUCGCGUCCAAGGGCAUGUGUUUAAGAGUUUGGUGUUGGCGUUUGUGGAGGUGCCGCCGCCGUUGGCGGAUGGGGGGGAGAUGGGGGGGGGGGUGGGUUGGGGGGUUGUUGGGGAGGUAUCGGGUUAG